GAGGGAAAAUAUAGUUCAAAUUGAAAAUUCCUGGUCACACGACAUCAACGACUUGUAAACUCACCUUCCUAACAGCAUUUAAGGGACACAAAGAGAGGGCCUUUAUUUCGCGUUCUCGUUCGAAAUAUUUGUAACAAGGAUGCGAGUAGUUCUUUGCAAUGAGUUGUUAUUAAAUAUCUAUUAAACCAAGCUUUGAAACAAUGUUCAUAAUUUAAGUAAUAAAUGUUUGCAUUAUAUUAUAAUAUAAUCCAUUAUUGUUCCUGAAAAUAUUUUAACCAGAGGAAAAAAUGCAAGAGACGGCAACGCUGUGCCGGCCGAGCUUGACAACCCGACUAUAAGUUUAUUUGGUAUGAACUAUAUAUAUAGAAUGCUAGACACAGGUAAAAUCCAUCAAACUGACAUUUUUCGAAGUUUCGCAGAACGUCAAAAUUCGUCGUGAAAAAAAUGGACCCAUUAAUUUUAACAUCGAAGAAACUACCACUAGACAUUUUUUUGUCCAUCAUGUUCAUUUCGAUUUACUUCUUUUUAAUAUGCGAGAUUAUGGCUUUGAAAAGAAAAGUGAGUACCAUGGCUUCGAAGAAAGUGUUGCAAAAGCUUCUUCUAUAUGAAUCUAUGGCACGGUUAUUGAAGUCGAAAAAACUCGCACGAGAUAACAAAAGUAAGCCACUCUUUUCCAAGCCAUUGCUGCAUAAAAGCAAAUCGGACAUAGGACCAAGAUUGAGUCUCUCCCAGGGCGAUAAUCUGGAACAUUUCCUUGCAACGUUUCCUGAAAAAUAUUUAAGAACGGUCAAAAAAUGUCCCAAAUCUAUAAUGUCGAUAUACAGUCUCAACGAUAUUCAAGUGGAAAAUGUUUCGAGUGAUUAUAUCCUUUGAGAUUUAUAGAAAAAAAAAUAUGUAAUGAAAAUACAGAAAGAAUAUUAAUGAAACAAUAAUACUGUGAUUUAAAUAAAAUAUACACGGAACUGAGAAAUAUUUAUUUGAAUGUAAAAGGAGAUAAAUAAAUACAUGAUAC